AGUCACACACACUCUCGCUGACCUUUCAGCUGUUGUUUCGACAGGGCAAUAAAUCUCAGGCUGUUUGUGACACGAGUGUCCAACAGCUUGUGUUCCCGUGGCUUGUCGCAGUCGGCUGUGUCGCAUAUCGGCCGCUGGGGGGCGCUCCCGAGCCACCUCAUUUUUUUUUCACCUCUCCCGCUCCCCCCCCCCAGCCUAUAAAGGCAACGUCAUGGCCAAAAGUCAGGCGGGCUGGCAAUGUGUCCAAAUGAUGACACUCCUGGAGAGCCUUGCGGAGCAGGACUGAGCACCCUGGUACAGGAUGCUGAGUCAGUGAGCUCUCUCAGCGAGGAUGAUGAAGGAGGCGAGAAGAUCUGUUGCGCGAAAGGAGAGCAACCCGACUCCAUUGAGCCGCUUGCUGUGGCGUUGAGAGGACUGGGACCAGGGGGCUUGACUUGUGGAACACGCUGGGAAGAAGCAGGCCUUGGUCAAACCCAGCAUCGCAACCCAGGGGAGGCCCUCUAUCAAGUCCUGGGCCUGGAGAAAACCUGCACCCAUGAAGACAUUAAGAGGUCAUACAGAAAGCUUGCUUUAAAAUACCACCCGGACAAGAAUCCUGAAAACCCAGAGGCCACAGAAAAGUUCAAGGAGCUGAACAACGCUCAUUCCAUACUGUCAGAUGCCACCAAGAGGAACAUUUACGACAAGUACGGCUCUCUGGGCCUCUACGUGUCCCAGCAGUUUGGAGAAGAGAACGUCAACACGUACUUCAUGCUUUCCAGUUGGUGGGCAAAGGGCCUCUUUGCGAUCUGUGGCCUGCUGACCGGCUGCUACUUCUGCUGCUGCCUGUGUUGUUGCUGUAACUGUUGCUGCGGGAAGUGUAAACCCCGCGUGCCGGGCGAGGAGGACCCCGAUUGCUACGUCUCCCCGGAGGACCUGGAGGAACAGAUCCGCACCGACAUGGAGAGAGAUGGCGACACUCCUAUUGUUCUCCAGCCAACCAAUGCCAGCGAGAAGACUCAGUUGAUUGGGGAUGGGCAUCGAACCUACACCUGACAGCAGAAGCCACAGGGGACAGGAGCGCUAGUGUGGCCUUGCAAUGCCUUUAUUACUGCUGUCCCUGUGCGUCAUUUCCCUUACCGACCCGUACCAUACUGUGUAAAUAGUAAACGUGUGUUUCACCAUGUCAUUGUCUACUCGUGUUCAUCCACAUUUUCCAUGCCUCCAUGUAGAACUU